AAAUGGGCGAAGUUUAUGAAGCCUGGGAAGGUGGUGAUGGUCCUCGCUGGACGCUACGCCGCGCGCAAAGCUGUCAUCGUCAAGAACAUUGACGAUGGCACGACCGACCGCCCGUACAGCCACGCCCUGGUCGCUGGCAUCGACCGCUACCCCCGAAAAGUGACCACCACCAUGGGCAAGAAAAAGAUCGCCAAGAGGUCCAAGAUCAAGGCCUUCGUCAAAGUCUUCAACUACAACCACCUCAUGCCCACCAGAUACUCUGUGGACAUCCCUCUGGACAAAACGGUGGUGAACAAAGACGUGUUCCGGGACCCAGCGCUCAAACGCAAAGCCAGACGAGAGGCCAAAGUGAAGUUUGAGGAGAGGUACAAGACCGGCAAAAACAAGUGGUUCUUCCAGAAGCUCAGAUUCUAAACUCUCAAUAAAUGUGUAAAAAGAAAA